AUGAACCUGGAAAGAAGCGUGAGACAAUCUCAGGUCCUUCUUCUUCGUCUUCUCAGCCGCAUGCGCAGUGUGGUGGCAACUGUGGUGAAGAUUUCUGGCGCGGGGGUCUGGCCAGGUGAGCCCGAGGGUGGGAAAGAGAAGGCCAAGGGCCCUGGCGCCGUGCUUUCAGAACGCGGCACUUACCAGCCCCGUGACCUUGGGCAAGUUUAUUCACCUCAGAUGCUGUUGUUUGAGGGUCUUCCUGUCAUUCGUUCAGCAGAUGUUACUGGUUGGGGGUCUUCCUGUCAUUCAGUAGAUGUUGCUGCUGUUAUCCUGCAGAUGCUGCUUGUUUUCCCUGCUGCCUCUGUUGUGGCCAGCCUUGUUUCUGCCCAGUCUCUGUGCUCUGUUGCCCAGGCUCCAUGCUCUUCAGCCUGGAAUCCCAAGUCUCGAUGCCAAGGUCUUGCACUGCCCUCAGGGGUACAACUAUUGAAUUUCUUAUCCAGCAGAUCAUGUGUAUCUGAUGAAGAUACGAAUCUUUCUGGAUCAUCUUCUCCAAUCAGUAAAUGCCACUUAAAUAAUAAAAAGGUACAGUUAAUAGCAAGGAAAAUUAUCUGUUCAUAUUUAACCCUACUGGUGAAUUCAAAGAAUGACUUAGCCUUGGCUCAUAUCAUUAACAUUCCGGACAGAGGACUUGGAAGAGAAGCCUUCACAGAUCUCAAACAUGCUGCUCGAGCAAAGCAAAUGUCUGUCUUCCUGGUUGCCACCUCAUUCAUUAGGAUGAUUGAACUUGGAGGGAAAGGAUAUGCACCAUCACCAUCUGAUCCUCUCAGGACACAUGGGAAGGGAUUGAACAGUUUGAUUAUUUUCAUGGACAAACUGGAAGAAAUUCUAGGAGAAAUACAAAAUCCAAGAAUUGCAGGGAGUCGGAUACUCUCAGCAAUAAAGACAGAGUUGAUAAAAGGCCGAAGCAGUGGGGAUCCAUUCCGUCAAGCGACAGAGGAAGUGGCUCAGGAUUUGGAUUUGAGGAUUAAAAACAUUAUCAACUCUCAACAAGAAGAUAGAGUUGUUAACACCACUGGCAGCAGUCCAGCACGGCCAAAAUCCCAUGCCAUUAAUCAUGGUACUGCAUACUGUGGCAGAGACAUGGUGAAAACUUUACUUGUUCUACUGGAUGAAGAAGCAGCUAAUCCUCCCACUGAAAACAAAGCAGACCUUUUGUAUGGGGAUGAAAACACAACUUCAUAUGCUGGCAUUCCUAUCCUGACUCUUUUUAGGUCUCCAAUACAAGCAAAUGAAUUCUCGAUCAAACCCUUAAGAGAACGUGUUCAGAAGUUGCUGGAAGAGAAAAAAGUGAAGAUGAAACAAACCUUAAUAAGGUCCCAGUUUGCUUGUACUUACAAAGAUGAUUUCAUGACCAGCCCUGACAGAUACAACGAUAGGAACCAUUCCACAGAAGAGCCAGAGGGUAUGCUUCGCUUGCAAAAUGACUUCAGAGAAGGCAUGAAUUCAUCGGUUGGAGUACCAACCGUUGGAACAAGUUCUGGAAAUGUUCGUCCAAACAGAAGUAAAAAUGAAAAAAUAUCCAAAAAAUCAAGUGGUCAGACAGGAAACAAGAGCCCCAAGAGGAAACAGGUGGAUUUGGACAGUGACAAAGACCUCUGUGAUCAUGAAAAUGAGCUAUUUCAGCCUCAAUUGGGUAAGAUACCUAAGGCAUCCAGCAACCUACAGAAUAAAUUGAAUCGAAUUCCAGCCAAAUCAGCAGCAAAAGGCUGUAAGCCAAGCACCAAGAAUAAAUUGAUUGCAGGGCAGACAAAAUUAACUCAGUUUUUUAGACUCUGA